UAUAGAGAGAGAGAGAGAGAGAGAGAGAGAGAGAGAGAACGCAAUUCAGACACAGACAGACAGAGCGGGGCUGUAGGUUCGUCGUUGCGAGAGCAGAGUUCAAAGGUCAGCGAGGAAUGCCAUACGUUGCCUCUGAAUACAGAACGUUGCUUCAGGUUGUAUGACGAAGUUUCAGCUGUGACAGCGCAGUUUUCGAGGAAGCUAGUGGCAUAAUUUGCUUAAAGUUGGAAGAAUAGGUUGCUAUUAUUCAAUGGUUUUAUCAACAUAGUUUUUCCCGACAGCGGUAUUACAGGAUGCUGAAAAUGCAAGCACAAUGCCUGUCCAUCACCGACUCCAGAAGCCUAUGCAAUCACCUUGUCCCUGUCCCCCUCAAUUUGCGGUUCUUUUGCAAGUUAUCAUCCCCUGCAUCAGUAGCCACUUCAUCUCAGCCUAAACCAUUCUGUAAAGGCAGGUGGCCCAAUAAGUUUGGGAUCUCUUACAACCAAAGGAAAAGGAAUAGCAUCUCAUUGCACCUUUCAGCUGCGGCAGCAGUGCCACCUCCUGCACCUCCCACAACCGAACUAGAUGACGAGGGGAAGGGGCCCAACCCAAAGAGGCUGUGGAGGAGAUUUUGGAAGGUGGCAGCUCCCUAUUGGUGGUCAGAUGACAGAGUCCAAGCUCGUCUACAGCUUGCAGCUGUUUUUGCACUCACUUUAGGCACUACUGGAAUCAGCGUUGGUUUCAGUUUUCUCGGGCGCGACUUCUACAAUGCUCUUGCCAAUAAGGAUGCUGAUCAGUUUGCAAAGCAGCUAUUGUACUAUUUGGGUGGUUUUGCUGGAGGUAUUCCGUUUUUUGUGUUGAGAGAUUAUGCAAGAGAAACUCUCUCACUGAGAUGGAGAUCUUGGAUGACUAGCUAUUACAUGGAACGGUAUCUGAAGAAUAGAACAUUUUACAAAAUCCAAUCCCAAUCUAUUAUCGACAACCCAGACCAACGGAUUGUUGAUGAUCUCAGUUCAUUCACAGGGACAGCGCUGUCUUUUUCUUUGACACUAUUUAAUGCUGCAGUUGACUUGAUAUCUUUCAGCAACAUCCUCUAUGGCAUUUAUCCUCCAUUAUUUGUUGUUCUUCUUGUCUAUUCGAUUGGUGGAACAGCUAUCAGUGUUUUCCUCGGGAAGGAUCUUGUUACUCUGAAUUUCUUGCAAGAGAAGAAAGAAGCAGAUUUUCGUUAUGGACUUGUACGACUUCGAGAGAAUGCUGAAUCCAUUGCUUUCUAUGGUGGUGAGGAAAACGAAUUGCAACUUCUUCUCCAGCGCUUCAAUAGUGCUUUUGAAAAUUUAACUCAACUAUUAAUAUCAUCUAGGAACUUGGAGUUCUUCACGAAUGGCUAUCGCUACCUCAUCCAGAUUCUUCCUGCUGCUGUAGUCGCUCCCAUGUAUUUUUCAGGGAAAAUUGAGUUUGGGGUUAUAAAUCAAUCAGUUUCGGCUUUCAAUCACAUCCUUGGAGAUUUCUCCUUGAUCGUUUAUCAGUUCCAAGCUAUCAGUGCCUUUUCAGCUGUCAUUGAUCGUCUAGGUGAAUUCGAGGAUAUCCUUGAUAGUAGCAGCAAGUCUCCUUCUGAAUCCUCUGAAGAGAUUUCUCUUGUGUACUCUCGUAUGAAUGAUUCACCCACCUUGGAGCCCAAUGGAACUGUUCUGAAGAAGAAGUCUCAGAAAUUGCUAGAUAUUGAGAAUUUAACCCUGCAGACACCUACAAGUAAAGCAACACUUAUCACGGACUUAUCAUUGCAAGUCAACUGCCAUGAACAUUUGCUGGUAACUGGACCUAGUGGAAGUGGCAAGACUUCAUUGUUAAGGGCUCUGGCAGGCCUCUGGAAUACUGGGAGAGGAAAAAUACAAUUCUAUAUAGAUGAUGUCGGAGUAGCCCAAUCUUCCUCAGAGCUUGAGGAGACCUCUAUGAAAUUCUCUAAAGAGGUCUUCUUUCUUCCUCAAAGGCCAUAUAUGAAUUUGGGAACUCUGAGUCGGCAAUUGCUUUAUCCUUCAUGGGCUGAAGAUGUUGCCCCUGCAUUAAAUAACCUUGAGCCACCAGUUACGCUACCUUUCUUGGUGAGGGGAUUAGAUUCCAAAGAUGCAAGUAGAAAGCCUAAGCAGCCUACAACAGAUGAGCUAAUUAAAGUUUUGGAGGAUGUUCGCCUGGGUUACAUAUUAUCGCGUUUUAAUGGCCUGGACUCCACGCAUGAGUGGUCCAGUGUUCUUUCCCUGGGUGAACAACAACGCCUUGCUUUUGCACGCCUUUUGCUAUCCAAACCAAAGUUGGUGUUAUUGGAUGAAUCAACUAGUGCACUUGAUGAAGCCAACGAGGCUCACCUGUACGGGCUGAUCAGAGCAGCGGGAAUAACAUACAUAAGCAUCGGCCACCGGAGGACCCUCUAUGACUACCACUGUAACUGCUUGCAUAUAUCCGCCGCAGAUUCUAACACCUGUCGGCCCAACUGGAGCAUCAAUCCCAUCAAUGAAGACACCCCAGUCAACUUAUCAAAGUCAUAGGAUCAUCUCAGGAGACUCUUAACCUGGUCCAGGCAUCUUUACUUUCGUCACAACUCAAAUUUGAUACGUAGCUCAAGCAUGAAACAUAUUGAAGUUGAUAGCAGUGAUCGUUUCCUUCAGGCAUGUACAGCCCAAUUUGAUCUGUAUCAGUAGUGAAUGAGCAAAUAUUUUGUACUGGUUGGAGGGGAUAAAGACCUGCAUGCAACACUAGGAUUGGCAAUGGGAUUGUCGGGGAGAAAAGUCCAUGAUCUUGGAUUGUGUCCACGAGUGACUCUGGCUUUGGGUGCGGAAGGGAGGUCGGGAGGUGUUCCCGGAUUUUCCCUCCGAUGAUUAAGUUAGCCUCCGGGUAUAUGGUGAGGUGGAGAGAAUCUGUAUAGGGUUGUGUGUCUUAUCUUUUCUUAGGGAGUGACGUUACCCUAUAUAGGCUCAUGGAAUAUGGAUGAAGGGGGAUCGGGCCUCUCUCCUUUGCCUCGUGGGCUUAUAAGAUUUACAAAUGGGCCUGUUGGAUUAUGGGCCAUGAUGGUUACCAGUUGGACUUCUCGAAGGCUGGCUUUAUGCCCCCAACAGGGAUAUUUGUGGGUAGGACCUAUGUUCUAGUUUAUAGUGAAACGCGAAUUACUUCUCAAUCA